AUGUUUGAUCAGAGAAACAUUUCUCUUGAAAUAAUUUUAGAUGACUUUAACGGUAUUAUGCAUGGGAAUCCGGAAGAAUCUUUAGGAUGUAAAUUAAAAGGGAAAUUGGUUCUCAAAAAUCAAAAGGCUAUCUCUCCAAAACAGUUAAUAUUCGUGUUUGUUGGAAAGUCAACUGUUUCUUGUGGACCUUUAAUGUCUUCUUCAAAUCCAGAAUAUCGCGAGUCACAUACAAUUUAUCGAAAGCAAUGCGUGUUUCAUAAUUCUCGUUCAUCAAAUAGAAAAAUUCCUCCUGGAACUUAUGAAUAUGGUUUCGACUUUGAUAUUCCUGGUAAUUUACCUUCAUCAUUUAAAGGUGCUCGUGGAAAGAUUGAAUAUUCUUGUAAUGCAAUCCUUUCUCGUCCAUUAUUUCGUAGUAAUGUUUUGGUAAAAAAACCUGUUAUUCUAAAAAGAUGUCUUAUAAAUGAUGCAAUACCAUUAUCUAAUCAAUCAAAUUUUGCCGAAGGAGUUUUGGAUGAUCGAAUUCAAUUCCAGAUUAGUACUCCAAUCAUGGCUUUUCGUGAAGGUGGUUUACUUUCUGCAAAGUUAAAUUUAAAACCUUUAAACUCUGAUUCUUUUAUUGAAUCUAUCGAAUAUGGUUUAAAAGAACAAAUUCAUUAUCAUACAACUGAAAGUUACACAAGGACAUUUGUUGCAAGUGUUAAAGAAGACAAAUUCCCUCUUGGAAUGAAAAAAAUUGUUUUAGAUCAAUACUCUCAUGACUCUUCAGAUCCUAUAUCUAUAGAUUUUCGACUUUGCCCUUGGGUUAAUUGUGAUUUAGAUUCUCAAUUAAUCAAUGUUAAACAUAAACUUGCUUUAACAAUUAAAGUCAUUGGGAAUAAUCCUUCUAAUGCUUCUUUUGUUAAUGAAGUUAAUGAAGUCAAUGAUUCUCAAGAGAAUAUUUCUUCUACUCGUAUUGAUCGUAGAUUUUCUUCUCCUACUCCUCCAAUUAAUCCUAUUUCACAUCGUAACUCCUUUCGUACUCUUUCUUUAUUAUCUUCAAGUUCAAGAACAUUCUCUAUUGCUAGUUAUUUACAAUCUCAUAAAAAAUCAGUACGAAAUUCUAGAAAUGUACAAAUUCCUAAUAUUAAACUCUUGAACAUUGAAAUUCCUUUAAUUAUUACUACAAAAUCAGAUGUACCAAGACAACAAGCUCCUUCUUAUAGUUAUUCGGAAUCUAGUGAUGAGAAAUUUUUAUCGUGUUUUCUGAAUUCAGAAAUGACCGUUAAAACUUCUACUUUAUUUAAAUAUGAAAAACCUUUAAGUCCACAUCUUGCCGUAAAUAAAAGUUUGGUAAUUUUUUCACAUGAUGAUGUAUUACUAGCUACGAAAAAUCAUAUAAUUGAAUGUGCGAUCGAUUCUAGUCUCGAUGGUGGAACUUUAUUUUUAGAAACAGCAGGGGGAGUGGCUAGUCCGAUUAUGUCUGGAACUAUUCAAUCCGAAUUUUAUAGACCUCUUCGUCUUCCAACAAUUUUAAUCGGUGAUAGUAAUUUAGGUGGAAUAUCAACUACAAUUUCUUCCUUUGAAUCCUUACGUUUACGUGGUUAUGAUAUACCAAUAAUAUUAUUAUUCGAUAACUCUCAAUACCAAAAUCAUACUUUUUUACAAAAUUAUUUUCAAAAACAUUUCAAUUACAACAAAAAUGAAAAUGAUAAAAAUGAUAUUGGUAUUAAUAAUGUUUCGAUAAAAACUAUCCCUCCUCCACCUAAACAAUCUUUAAAUAAAAUUGAUGAUAUCUAUCAAUUGAAGAAAUAUUUCGGUGAUCUUGAUGAAGAAUUUAAUAAUGUCUUGAAGAUUUUGGAAAAUUGGCAUUAUAAAAGAUUCAAUAGAUUAGAUGAAAUGGAGGAUCGUAGUAAAGAAGUUGUUUGGUGGCCUUUUACACAACAUAAUAAGGUUAAUAAAGUUAACGUCAUUGAUUCUGCUUAUAAUGAUUUUAUGGUUAUUUAUGAUCAGAAUCAAAGUUGUCAAAAUUCUCAACCGAAAAAAAAUAAUGGUGUUAUGAAAGAAAUGUUUGAUGGUUCAUCGAGUUGGUGGACACAAGGUCUUGGGCAUGGUUCAUCAAAAUUAUCAUUAUCUGCUUCAUAUGCAGCUGGGAGAUAUGGUCAUGUUCUUUUUCCCGAAUCCAUUCAUGAACCAUCCCUUUCACUUUCUCAAACUUUAUUAAAAACAGUAGGAAAUAAUUGGGCUAGUCGUGUAUUUUUUUCUGAUAAUGGUAGUACAGCUGUGGAAGUUGCAUUAAAAAUGGCUUUACAAUCUACUUGUAAAAAGUAUUUUAAUGAACAAGAUGAUGAAUUACAAAAAAUAAAAGUUUUGGGUUUGUAUGGUUCUUAUCAUGGUGAUACCAUUGGUGCUAUGGAUGCUUGUUAUCCAAAUCCUUUUAAUAAAUUAGUUACUUGGUAUGAACCAAGAGGAAAAUGGUUUCAUCCUCCGCGAAUCUUGCUAAAAAAUAAUGUUUAUAAUUUACAAAUUCCUUUUUCAAAUCAAACAAUACAUUACCCUUCAUUAUCAUCAAUAUUUUCUCCAGAACGAUCCUUUUCGGAUCCAAUUUCUCUAAUUUAUAAAAAACAUAUCAAAGAAACCAUUACUAGUUAUAUUAAUGAAGGUGAUAAAUUUGGUGCUUUAGUACUUGAACCGAUUGUAAUGGGUGCAGGUGGUAUGAUAUUUGUUGAUCCAUUAUUUCAAAAGUUACUUGUAGAAUUUGUUAGAGAAUGGGAUGGUUGGAUUGAUCAUUGGGGUGAUAAUAAAAAAACCGAUAAUGAUUGGAAAGGAUUACCUGUUAUUUUUGAUGAAGUAUUUACGGGAUUUUGGAGAUUAGGUCAAUUAAGCGGUGCUAAUGCAUUGGGUGGUUUGAUACCAAUGGCAGUGACAUUAACAACAUCAUCAAUAUUUUCAACCUUUCUUGGUGAUAAUAAACUCAAUUCAUUACUUCAUGGACAUUCUUAUACUGCACAUCCAAUUGGAUGUAUGGUUGCUACCACUUCAAUUGAAGAAUACGAAAAUUUAAAUAAGAAUAGCGUUGAUUGGAAAAUUGGAAGAGAAAAUUGGAAUGUUAAUGAAGAAAAUAAAAUUUGGAGUUUGUGGAGUAAAGAGGUUGUGGAAAAAAUAUCAUACUUAGAAAAUGUUGAAGGCGUAUUUGCAUUGGGAACAUUAUUGGCAAUUGAACUAAAGGACGUUCAUAAUAGUGGUUACUCUUCUGAAGUAUCAUCAACGAUUCUAAAACAACUUUCAAAUGAUUCUGACGAUAUUUCAAUUUUAGCAAGACCUUUAGGAAAUGUCAUUUAUUUAAUGACUUCAACGAUCAGUAAUAUUGAAAGUAUUAGAAAAAUGGAAGAAAAAAUAUUAAAAUGUUUAAAUAAAAAUUUGUAA